GCAAAAACCUAUCGGGAAUACGCGCUGACGCAAAGAUUUUGUCGGGCGUUGUGCAAUUGUGUCAGAGCUGGGAGGGGGUGAUAAACGAGCAGGGGCAUGUCAAUUCGCUCGCGCCUUCCCUCCUCAUCUAGAAAAGGGACCGCACCAUCCAAAUUUACGACUUUGAAUCGCUGGAUUUACAAGCACAAAAGUUUCAGACUUUUGUAGACACACUAUUUUUAAUCCGAGCUGAUCUGCAACUGAAUGAGGAAGUUUUUUUUUUCUUCCUGUUUUCGAUUUGAAGAUACCAACUCCUGUACCAGCAACGCCAUUUCUUGUUUCACCUACAAGGCAAACACAAUCUUCUCCUAAUAAAUAACUUUAUUUUAUAAUUUUUCUUUAAAUGCCUAGUAUUACAAGAAUGGGCUGCUUUGGAAUAUAACGAAAUAAUUCAUUUUAAUUUUUGUAUGUGUUGUUGUUUUUUUUUUCUUUUUUGCAUUUUCGAAAAGCACAUCUCUUACUUUUCAUUUUGAAUUCUCUAAAAGAUCAGGGAUUGCUUGCCGUACAUAUCCUUCUAUCAACGCGGAAUAAAACCUUUGUAUGAUUUUUGGGAACUGUUUAAGCAGUAACUGUACUUCAGCAAGUGUUGCGUUUUCAAAGACUUUACUUUUCUAAACAUUUGAACAAACGUUUCCGAUGUAUGAUGUUUUUUUUAUUAUUAUUUUUCUUUUUGCUUUUAAAUUAAAUGAACUUUUUAGAUUGUAAUAUAUUUGUAUGAAAAAUGUCAAACUGUACAACAAACAUUAAUUCUACUUUUCAAGCAAACUUUUUGCCUCCGGUAUUCGGGGUGGAGUUUUGCGUGGCACUUUUGGGCAACAGCCUGGCUAUAUGGCUUUUGCUAACACGAGAAAGAAGACACUGGCACACAGGAAUCGUCUUUGUCUUUAACCUGGCUGUUUGCGACCUCCUCUACGUGCUGUCCUUGCCCCUGUUAAUCGGCUACUAUACGAAUGACAAGAACUGGAUCUUCAGCGACGCGCUCUGUCGGAUAGAACGGUUCCUGUUUACCUGCAAUUUAUACGGGAGCAUCUUUUUCAUCACCUGCAUCAGCCUGAACCGCUACGUGGGGAUUGUGCAUCCGUUUUUCAUGCGCAGCUACGUGCAACCCAAACACGCCAUGAUGGUCAGCCUCGCGGUGUGGUUCUUGGUGAUCGGCAUUUGCUCGCCCGUCUUGCAUUUCUCGAUGACGGAGAAGAAGGUAAACACAACGGAGUGUCUGGGAAGCGCGACGGAUGAUAAAAUCACAGAGUACAUUCCUUACAGCUUGUUCCUGGCCUCCUUCGGAUGCGCGUUGCCGUUUUUGGCUACUUUCGCUUCCUAUUUUGCCAUCCUGGUGGUGGUUUGGAAAAACGAUAACAUUACAAAUGCAGAGAAAAGAAAAAUAGGGGUGAUGAUUUUCACAGUCAUUGUACUGUACGUGGUCUCCUUCAUCCCCUACCACGUUCUUCGUAACGUUAACCUGUUUAAUAGAGAUGAUAGCUGCUCCCGACCCCCCAGCAUGAAAAUCUAUGAUGGCUACCAAGUUAGCAAAGUACUGGUUACUUUGAACAUGUGCAUCCAUCCGCUGCUCUACGUAUCGGUUUUCGACAGCAUGAGGGCUAUUUGUGGACUGUCCACCUCUAGCGACUCAACAGACAGGUACAAAUGAGACGCUGCAAACUCCAGUGGACUCUUAGCUAGCUGUUAUGAACGCGCCACCUUAUAGCUGCAACACGGCCGCGUAAAUGGAAGUGUCUGCACGCCUGAUUUCAGCUUGCAGUUUUAUAAUGAGCUUGACGGUGUGCAGCGGGGACACACAUACAGGACUGCAUUCUCUGAGCUCUUUUGACUGCAGGGUUGGUAUAAACAGCAACGCGAUGAAAACAUUGAAGAACAAACUUUUUGUUUUCCUUUCGUAGGGGGUGCAAUAUAACAACAACAAAAAAGCAAGUCCUGUUAUUAUUUGUUUCUCAAAAUAUGUUGCCCUUCAUCUAACAGUAGAGGAUUCUUAUACUGGGUAUUUGUGUCUAUUCUUAGAAAUAUGUAAAAACAAAAUGUGAAAAAACACAGGGUUAUAUUCACAAAAUGUUUACCGCCAUGCUUAGCUAACACCAGCUUUUUAAAUUUAUU